AUUGGACGUCUCGCUAGCAGGUGUUGUAGGAACAAGACAAGGAGUUAUUUUAUAUCCGUGUCUAUUUACACUAAACAGAAGUCAUAAUGAAGUCCUGUUUGGCCAUCGCUUUCGUUGUCUCCCUUGCCGUAAUGCAGGUUACAUCACAAGCUGCCGCCGGAACUAAGCCCGCCGAUGGUUCAGCUGCUACAGCCGCCGCACAGAGCGCCAGAAACAGGAUGCUCCUUCAGAGACUUAGCCGUGCCAGGUCCGGUUCCAGUGCAGGAGGACUCAUGGGUGGCAUGAACAACCUUCUGCCAUUCAUGAUGCUCAGCGGUGCCGGUGGUGAUUCCAUGAGAAACCUUAUGAUGUUGAAAAUGUUCACUGGUGGUGCUGGUGCAGGUGGCGCUGCCCAAGGAGGCAUGAUGGGAAAUAUGCUCCCUCUUAUGAUCCUGUCAGAGGGUGGUCUUUCCUUCUAAGGAAUUAACUUCCGUUUAUUAAAAAAAGGACUUUUUCCGGUAAAGGAAAGAAAUGUGUUUUGAGCUUGGACUCAAGAUAGAUGUACAUAAUUCUGUGUAAAACAUUUUGUGUGUGCUUGGUAUAGUCCAAUUCAUGUUCAUCCUGCUUCUCGAAAAAUACAAAAGAACAUUCCAUUUCAUCAUCAUAAGUACUAUCAUCAAUCCAAACUUAUAACCGUUCUAUCUAUUUAUUGCCACAUGCAAUGAUCCACAUACGGCGCGGGUUGUUUAACUGGAGUGAAAUAUUGUGCAUUAUCAUGAAUAUUCAUUAAAAUAACCAGUACAUGCUGCGUUUCUGAAUAAAAUCGUUAUUUUAAUAA